AUUGCCGCUUCUUUCUCCUAUACUGUUGGUAUCCGACAUCUGAGAUUAAAAUAUUUGAUAUAGGACUAGUCUCCUCAACGUCAAGGCUCUAAUAAAGAUGCAACGAAUAUUCAAAAGUUUUCUGACCUCAAGGACUUCAUUGAAGCAUUUAAAGAAAAAUCACUGUCCAUAUUGUACAAAGGCUGAGAAAUGUAAGCUACCUUUAGAUGGACUCAAGAUUUUAGAUAUCAGCAGGAUUUUAGCUGGUCCAUAUUGUACCAUGAUUCUAGGAGAUCUGGGUGCUGAAAUCAUCAAGGUCGAAAAGCCUGGAGCAGGGGAUGAUACAAGGUCAUGGGGACCUCCAUUUUGUGGCAAGGAAAGUGUUUAUUUUUUGACUGUGAAUAGAAACAAAAAGAGUAUUGCUAUUGACAUCAGAACUAAAGAUGGCCAAGAUCUUAUACAAAAGUUGGCCAAGCAAUGUGAUGUUAUGGUUGAGAAUUAUAUCCCUGGUAAACUUGACCAGUACAGCCUUGGGUACAAACAUCUUAGUGAGAUAGCUCCUCAGUUAAUUUACUGUUCUAUAACAGGAUAUGGUCAAACAGGCCCUUACUCACAACGAGCAGGAUAUGAUGUAAUUGUAUCAGGAGUGGGUGGAUUAAUGCAGAUCACUGGACCAGAGGAUGGAGACCCUUGUAAAGUAGGUGUGGCUAUGACUGAUCUAUCCACGGGACUUUAUGCCCAUGGGGCUAUCUUAGCAGCAGUUUUACAGAGACAGAUUACGGGGAGAGGACAACAUAUAGACUGUAACUUAUUCUCAACGCAGGUUGCAUCGUUAAUUAAUAUUGGAUCAAAUUAUCUGAAUGCUGGAAUGGAAGCUAAAAGACAUGGUACAGCCCAUCAAAGUAUUGUUCCUUAUCAGGCAUUUAAGACAAAGGACAGCUACAUUCUUGUUGGAGCAGGCAAUGAUAAACAAUUUCAGACUUUAUGUAAGGUGUUACGACUGGAUUCUUUGUUGGAGGAUAGCAAAUACACAACAAACAAACUUCGUGUGGAUAAUAGGAAGAGUUUACUCUCAAUAUUGGACAACUUAUUUAUAACAAAGAAGACCAAAGCCUGGUUAGAUGUGUUUGAUGGUUGUGGAAUACCCUAUGGUCCUCUGAAUGAUAUGGAAAACGUCUUUAGUGAUCCACAGACUUUACACAAUGAUAUGAUCCUAGAGAUGGAACAUUCUAUAGCAGGAAAAGUUAGAGUACCAGGUAAGGCAGUGAAGUACAGUGAAAGACAGAUGAAACCUACACUACCACCACCAACGCUUGGACAACAUACUAAUGAAAUAUUACAGAGCAUGCUUAAUUUAUCAGAGAAUGACAUUAAAAGUUUGAGAGAUAAAAAAGUUAUACAAUAAUAUCUUCCACUACAGCUAGAAACCAAAUACCAAUGUUUAUUUAUAUUUAUCAAAAGGACAUAUUAUGCAUUAUUUUUAUAUUUCCAUUUUUUUUUUUUUUUUUAAAUGUUAAAGAAAGGCAAAGUAAACUAGAUGAUACAUGUAAUUAUGAAUCAAAGGAUUAUUACAGGUGCAACUUUACAUAGUCAUACAUGUGAACCUCCCGACGGGAGUACAAUAAUCGUGUUUUCAGGGGUCUCCUCCCGUCCUCCUGUUUAGGAGAAAAAACACCCCUGUAUUUACGACAGAAUUUAUGUCGAUAGAAAACUUUCUGAUCUGAGUCCUAAUCUCCUGACCAAAAUUUCCAAAUCUGCUGAUCUGAUUUUCACAGUCCAUCACAUGUAUGCAUGGUAAGCAUAAGCAUUAGCAUGGGAAUUUAAGCAAUUAUAUAUUCUAAUGCAACAACGUUUGUCACGUUCAUUUUGAUUGGAUAACGUCACUUAUUUACAUGGCAUCAAUUGACAGUUGAUGCUAUGGGACGUACGCGCAAGCGCAGACGGCAUAUGACAGAUUUUAAAUACAUGUUUUAACGUUGUUUUCUGUCGGUUUCAUUAGAAUGGAGAUAACAAUAUUGUAUUUUAAGCUCCGACGGCAUCAAUUGGG